AGAAAAAGCGAACCCAAAAAGUAAUUGAGCCACUUCUACGAAAAAGGAAUUUGGUCACAUCAAGCUGCACAUAACAGCGAUCCUGCUACAGCCACAGCCACACUAAUUCGUGCCACGAACCAGAAAAACACUGAUAACAUCAUCGUCCAACAAGCAGUUUCACCAGCUACUAGGAAACUAAGAGGAAACGAUGUCUCAAUUUGCCGCAAUGAGGAAAAGGGCCGAACAGCGCGCCCAUCGCUAUCCGCAACCAUGUCGCCUAUGCGACGCAAAUCAUCCGAUCAGGCUUUGCCUUUUGUAUCGUGCGAAGUCGCCAGAGGAAAGAUUGCGUGAGGCCUUACUAGGACGCUACUGCGCUAAUUGCCUCGCGAUGAAUCACGAAUUAAAAGACUGCGUGAGCGAAGGCAGAUGUAAACGAUGUGGCGAAAAGCACCACUCGACACUACAUUUCGAGGAUGAACCUAGCACAUCGAAAAAGUCAUGGGCCCAACAGGUGGAGGAGGAAGAAGAAAAUUCCGAUGGUGCAAUCUCGCUACUUGCGUCCGAUUCUGGAACGGAAACGCGGCCUUUCCGUCCAGAUACCGAAGAAGGUGCACUUUCAGGCGAUGUAGCGGAGACUCGGCCUCUCCGCGCAUUCGCAGAAAGGGGAUCGGAAACUAGGCCUUUUCGACCCCUAUUGCAGCACGAGCGGAACCGGUUACGUAGAGCGGAAACCAGGCCUUUCCGCCUGCGUAAUCCCAGACGCAAGUCCUCGACGCACACAAAAGGAAGGUAGACUGGCGA